AUGCGCUUCUCGACUUCCACCAUCGUCAAGGUGGCCCUCCUGUUUGGCAGCAUUGGUGUCAACGCAGCGGCCAUCUGGAACCGCGAGGCCCCAAGCACCGACAUCAAGGCGCGCGCAAAUGCCGGAUAUCGAUCCGUCGUAUACUUUGUCAACUGGGCAAUCUACGGCCGCAACUAUAAUCCCCAGGAUUUGCCUAUCGAGAGACUGACCCACGUCCUCUACGCCUUUGCCAAUGUCCGUCCCGAAACUGGCGAGGUCUACCUCACGGAUUCCUGGGCGGAUCUCGAGAAGCACUAUCCCGGUGACUCUUGGGAUGAAACUGGCAACAACGCCUACGGGUGUAUCAAGCAGAUGUAUCUUCUGAAGAAACGGAACCGCAACCUCAAGGUCCUGCUGUCUAUUGGAGGAUGGACUUAUUCCCCCAACUUCGCGAAGCCUGCCAGUACCGAUGCUGGACGCAAGACGUUCGCGCAGACCUCGGUCAAGUUGCUCCAGGAUAUAGGAUUUGAUGGUUUGGAUAUCGACUGGGAGUACCCCGAGGAUGAUCAGCAGGCGGGCGACUUUGUCUUGCUGUUGAAGGAGCUUCGAUCUGCCCUGGACACCUACAGCGCUGCCCACGCCAACGGACAGAAAUUCCUUCUUACCGUUGCUUCUCCAGCUGGCCCCGAAAAGAUCAACAAACUCCACCUCAAAGACAUGGAUAACCAGCUCGAUUUCUGGAAUCUGAUGGCCUACGACUACGCUGGCAGCUUCUCCGAUCGCACCGCCCAUCAAUCGAACGUCUACAACGACACCUCCAACCCUCUCUCCACGCCCUUCAACACCCAGACCGCACUGGAUUUGUACUACAAGGGCGGCGUCCCCGCCAGCAAGAUCGUCCUCGGCAUGCCCCUCUACGGUCGCUCCUUCGCCAACACCGACGGACUGGGCAAGCCAUACAACGGCGUGGGCAAGGGGAGUUGGGAAGACGGAGUCUGGGAUUACAAGGUCCUCCCGCAGGCCGGGGCGACCGAACAUGUUCUCCCUAAUAUCAUGGCGAGUUACAGCUACGAUCCAUCCAGCAAGCUACUCAUCAGCUACGAUAACGCGGAAGUCGCCAAGAUGAAGGCCGGGUAUAUCCAGAACCAGGGACUCGGUGGUGGCAUGUGGUGGGAGAGCAGCAGCGACAAGACCGGCAGUGAUAGUCUAAUUACCACGGUAGUAAAUGCACUCGGAGGCAGUGGUGCUUUCGAACAGAGUCAGAAUGAAUUGGACUAUCCGGUGUCGCAGUAUGAUAAUAUCCGAAAGGGCAUGUGA